AUGGGGGCCGGAAGGAAAACAGAGACCUUUACUGCACCGCCUAAUCAAGGCCUGGCAACCUACACUACAUCCAUGAGAAAUUUGGUCAAGAAACAUCUCGGUGGAGUCAUAUUUGGUUGCAAGGACAUCACAAUCGAUGAAUGUCUAUCUAAACAACUCUUUGGCUUACCAGCUGCACACUUUCUAUAUGUACAGAACAUUUCUCCUGGCUUGCCACUUUUUCUCUUCAAUUACACUGAUAGGAAACUUCAUGGAAUCUAUGAGGCUGCUGGCUAUGGGCAAAUGAAUAUCAAUCCCUGUGGAUGGACCACUGAUGGUUCAAAUACUACGCCAUUUCCUGCACAGGUUAAGUUCCGUGCUCGGCUGCACUGCCGGCCACUGCCUGAAAGUCAGUUUGGAGAGAUAAUUGCCGACAACUACUACAAUGAGUUUCAUUUCUGGUUUGAGCUUGAUCACGCUCAAACAAGUAAGCUCACAUCUAAGUUAGCAUCUGGAGCAGUUGCUCCAAGUACUCCUGCACUACAGAGAUAUAAGGGAGCAUCUGUGGCAGUUUCUCCAAGUCCUUCUGUACCUCAGAAAUCUAAGUUAGCAUCUGUAGAAGUUGCUCCAAGGACUUCUGCACCUCAGAUAUCUAAGUUAGCAUCUGUAGGAGUUGCUCCAAGGACUUCUGAACCACAGAAAACACUGAAUUGGAGAAGUUGUUUUGUGGCUCUUCCCUCGCAUGACACAAUAGAGGAACCUGAGUGGCUUGAACAACUUACAUCAGAGACUGAGGAUUUGAGUAAUUCAUGUCAGAAUUUGGAUGUCCCAAUUUCGUUUGGAAGAUACGAUCCAUUCAAACCCCAAUUAGAUGUGAAGGAUGCUGAACAAGUGGGGCAGGAACGUGUAUACAAAAAACUGAAAGAUUUAGCGAUCCAUGAUAAUCUUAACAAUGAAUGUCAAGACAUGUCAUUGUCAGGAGAUGUUGAAGAUAGUGUUGCAGGAAGUUCUCACUCCUCGUUUGAUCAAAGAAGCAGAGAGAGUCUUUGCUCCUUGUCUGCACAGAAGAGUGGAGAGAUCCCCCUAUCCUUGUUUGAGCAUCAGGCACUCAUAGCUAAGUUGAUUGAAGAGGUGGGAGAGCUAAAGGCUUUUAAGACAGAACAAUCUCAGAAGAUUAGCUAUUUGGAGUACAAGCUGGAGCAGGCAGAUACUGAAAUUCAACGCUUGAAAGUUUGGUUUGAAGAUUGA